AUGGAAAAGGACUGGCUGCCUCCAAUGGGGUCCAGCAUAGACUUGAUCAAAGUGCCAGCAAUUCAACAGAAAAAGACUGUUACAUUUCUAAACCAAUUUGUGGUACAUAAUGUACAAUUCCUCAACCGAUUUUCUACAGUUUGUGAAGGGAAGCUGUCAGCACUUUCUCUUCAGAUCCAACAAAUUGAAACAACUCUCAAUAUUUUGGAUGCGAAGCUAUCAUCUAUUCCAAGUCUAGAGGAUGUUAAAUUUGAACUAUCUACUGCAAACAUUAAUGGUGUUACAAAUGGUCCUGAAGCCCCCUCAGUUCAACAUUCAUCUCUAGGUCCUCAAUCUGAGCAGAAGAGUAUACAAAACACUGGACCACAGAAAUGUGAAGCGGCUGCAGAACAUAUCUUAACUGCAGCCAAGGAUCCAAGAUAUGCCAGGUAUCUCGAAAUGGUUCAAGUGGGUGUUCCUGUGAAGGCAAUAAGAAACAAAAUGAUAUCUGAAGCACUGGACCCAGAUUUUCUUGAGAAGCCAGAUGCCCCAGUGCCUGAUGGGGAAGGUGAAGAAAACGCCAAAGAGAGUUCAGAUAUCUGA